CCCAAGUGGCAAAUGGUUGGCCGUAUUUGGAGGGCGUUUUCAAAGUAGUUGGAGAUAAGAAGUCCCCUAUUUCACGGGGAAGGAAGAAAAUACCUCUGGACUUGCUUGAUUAUUGCUUUUCUAAUCCUGCCCUUUGUACUGGGAUCCUUUUGCAGACCAUGCCCUGUUCUUCCCGUUGCGGCAGCUUUUUACCUUCCUUGCAUUUCCUAAAUGCAAACCUUGGCUUGGUUGAAUGUUGCUUCCUUCCUUCCGUCCGUGUUUCUUUUUUUAAGACUACAUGGAUGCAGCAAUAGGUAGAAAAGUGCUUUGAAAUACAUGAAGUAUUAAACAAUUUUUAAAGCAUGCAUUUAAUUUAGGAAGGCAAUCUGCAUUCAUGUGCAAAGGAAGACCAGGAAACAUCUUUUUUCCUUCUUUACACUUGCAUGAAGAGAAACUUUGAAGGCACUUUUUACUUCUUUUUUUCGAUGUAAUAUUGCAUCAUAUUUGAUAAACCAGGCUCUGCAAAAACAGCAUCAGAGGUUAUUAAAGUUUAUUAGAGGAGCAUCUUUUUAAUUUUAUUUGAGCAAAUUUCUAGAUUAUAUUGUCUGUCGCAAAGCAAUUUGGUAGAUAGGCCUUGCCGUUUUUAUUUAAAUAUGGUACCAGUAUAUAAGCAUUAAUGAAAUGUAGUCCUACUAUGGUAAUUAAGUUACAACUGCUUAGCUCAGCUGCUUUUUUCUGUGGGUUUUUUUUGUAUCUUUUUAUUUUAAUUAGAGAAAUCUUUUAACCUGCUCUUACAUUCUCAUCUGCUGUCUCACUUUAUGCUCAUUUCUUGAUGUUCUUUGAAUUCAGUCAUUUUCCUUUUUAUGUUUUUGCUAAAAAGCCAAGCUUGACAUGUUAAGCACUGUUAACUGCUUAACAGAGUCCUUCUCCAGAAAAAUUUAAAAAAUUAUCCAGGAAGAAGAGAAAUUCUCAGGAUGGAUCUGGUUGAAUUUAAUGUGGCUGGGGAAUUCUGGAAAUUGAAGUUGAUCUUAAAGUUGAUAAAGCUGAGAAACACUGAACUACUUGGGUAUCUCCUCCAAUAGCUCCACUCAGUGGACAAAGCAAUUCUUCCUUUGGUUCCACCCUUUCACUUUCUUGGAGGGAUGCUCCUGUGACUUCUUGACAUUGAAUUGAUGUCAAAUCAGUUCAUACUGGGAGAGUGCUGCCUGGCUUUGGCCCUGAGGUUAUGCUGAGGCUGGGAAUCUCAAGGACCCCCUCCCAGAAGCUGCCAAGAGUCUUGAGAUUGCAUCUGCAUAGACCUAUGAGAAAUAAAAGAGCUGCCGUAAACUGGGCAUAGAAGGAGCUGUUAAUCCAGGAGGACACCCAAGGCAGUCACAUUUCAAGAGAUGCCUUCAACAAAGGAGAGUGCAUUCAAGGACAAUGGCCUCGUGCCCUCAGAUACCACCUGCGGCCCACUCUCUGCUUCUUUUCCUCCUAACAAGAAUCCUUACUGGCUGGGCCAAAAGAGGGUUCUGAUCCGUGCCAGUCCAACAGGCAGGCAAAAAGAUAAAAGAAUGGAUCCAUCCUCAGGGGCCAGAUCAAUUGUUGUUCGUGUGGAGGGAAUGACAUGCAGUUCUUGCGUACAGACAAUUGAGCAACAUGUUGGGAAACUAAAUGGAGUUCAUGUCAUUAAAGUUUCUCUGGAUGAUAAGAAUGCCACCAUUAUUUACAACCCCAAAGAGCAAAUCCCAGAGUCGCUCCAGGAAGCCAUUGAAGACGUGGGCUUUGAUGCUGUUCUUGACGAGGCUAACUCACAGUUCGUUCCGCAUGACACCACUUUUCUUACAGUUCCCACCCAGGCAGCUCUAACCUGUGAACAGAUUCGUAUCGACCUCCUAAAGAUCAAAGGCAUCCUGGAUGUGAAAAUCUCUUCUGACAAAACAACUCUAGUUGUAACAUUUAUUUCUUCUAUUCUAAAUAGCAAGCAGAUUAAUCAAAUAGUACCAGGAUUAAUUUUGGAUAAUGUAAUACAAGAUAAGAGUCAAGGAACGUGUGAAGAUGUAAAUUUAAACCAAAUAAGUGAUGUGGUGCUAAGAAUGAAAAUAGAGGGAAUGACCUGCCAUUCCUGUACUAGCACCAUUGAAGGAAAAAUUGGCAAAUUGCAAGGGGUCAAGCGAAUUAAAGUUUCUCUGGAUAAUCGGGAAGCCACAGUCACCUAUCAGCCUCACAUCAUUACAUCCGAAGAAAUAAAGAAGCAAAUAGAAGCGGCAGGGUUCAUCGCCUCCAUAAAGAAAAUGGCUAAACCCCUCCCCUUCGGUUCUAUUGACAUAGAGCGGCUCAAGAAUAGCCGGAGCAAAGGCUCGGAAGGGACACCACAGGACAAUUCAGAAGACAAGCUGAAUGUGAAGACCGUCACCUUCCGGGUGGACGGCAUGCAUUGUAAUUCGUGUGUGUUCAAUAUUCAGAGUAGCCUAUUGGCACUUCCUUCGGUGACCAGCAUCACGGUGUCUUUGCAAGAGAAGUCGGCCACUGUCCAGUAUAACCCCAGCCUCAUCAGUGUCGGUGCGCUCAGAAGAGCAAUUGAAGUUGUCUCCCCGGGAACCUUCAAGGUCUGUGUUUUGGACGCACACGAAAAUGGCGAGUGUCUGAACAACUCCAAAUCUCCCUUGAAGCCUUCUUUUCCAGGAGCUCUUCACAGCAUCGGGCCUCGUCCCCUGACGCUGGUGACCAUCAUCCGUAUAGAAGGAAUGACUUGCAAUUCGUGCGUGCAGUCAAUUGAGGGACUCAUUUCACAAAAACCUGGUGUGAAGUCAGUCUGUGUGUCGUUGCGGGAUCAUAAUGGGACAAUUGAAUAUGACCCAACACUGACUUCUCCAGCCGAUUUAAAAAACUCCAUUGAAGACAUGGGCUUUGAUGCUUCCCUAGCUGUACCGCCGAGCCCAGAGCCCGUGGUGCUGAUCACUGAGCCUUCCCAGGAGAGGCUGGCUAAAACUCAAGAAAGCAAAGCGCCCAAAACAGUCGCCCAUCCCAGCCUGUGGCCAGUUCCCAACAGACCGGGCCCGAAGGCACCGUCAAAAUGCUACAUUCAGAUCACUGGCAUGACCUGCGCUUCCUGCGUGGCAAACAUUGAGAGGAAUCUGAAGAGAGAAGAUGGAAUAUGCUCUGUGCUCGUUGCCCUGAUGGCCGGGAAGGCUGAAGUGAGAUACGACCCUUCCGUCAUCCAGCCCCCGACUGUAGCAGAGAGGAUUAGAGAACUGGGGUUUGGUGCUCUGGUGCUGGAGGAUUAUGAUGAAGGCGAUGGCAUCUUGGAGCUGGUUGUAAGAGGGAUGACUUGUGCCUCGUGUGUCCAUAAAAUAGAAUCCACCCUUAUGAAAACGAAAGGGGUUCUGUACAGCUCGGUGGCUCUUGCAACCAACAAAGCACACGUCAAGUAUGAUCCGGAGAUGGUUGGCCCUCGAGAUAUUAUACAGAUUAUUCAGAAUCUAGGAUUUAAUGCUACAUUGGUAAAGAAAGACCGAUCUGCUAGCCACUUAGACCACAAGCAGGAAAUUAGACAGUGGAAACGGUCCUUUCUUGUAAGCCUCAUUUUCUGCAUCCCUGUAAUGGGGCUCAUGAUUUACAUGAUGGUGAUGGACAGCCGCAUGUCGGCCAUGUACCAGGCUUCUAACCUGACUCAAGAAGAAAUAGAAGCUCAUCACCCAUCAAUGUUUCUGGAGCAGCAAAUUCUUCCCGGGGUGUCAGUUAUGAAUUUGCUCUCCUUUUUAUUGUGUGUUCCUGUUCAGUUCUUUGGAGGCUGGUACUUCUACAUUCAAGCCUACAAAGCACUGAAGCACAAAACAGCCAAUAUGGACGUGCUGAUUGUUCUAGCCACGACCAUCGCCUUCGUCUACUCCUGUGCCGUUCUUCUGGUUGCAAUGGCUGAGCGGGCAACGGCCAAUCCAGUGACUUUCUUUGACACCCCUCCCAUGCUCUUUGUGUUCAUUGCGCUGGGGCGCUGGCUGGAGCACGUGGCUAAGGGUAAAACAUCAGAGGCCCUUGCGAAGCUAAUUUCACUACAAGCAACAGAAGCAACUAUUGUUACUUUAGGUCCAGAUAAUAUCCUCAUGAGUGAGGAGCAAGUUGAUGUUGAACUAGUUCAGCGGGGUGACAUUGUGAAGGUGGUCCCAGGUGGCAAGUUUCCCGUGGAUGGCCGAGUGAUUGAAGGACACUCUAUGGUAGACGAAUCGCUCAUCACAGGUGAAGCAAUGCCUGUGACCAAAAAACCCGGCAGUUCAGUCAUAGCAGGUUCAAUUAAUCAAAAUGGAUCCCUGUUGAUCUCUGCAACCCAUGUUGGGUCUGACACUACCCUCUGCCAGAUUGUAAAGCUUGUGGAAGAAGCUCAGACAUCAAAGGCACCAAUUCAGCAGUUUGCUGACAAACUGAGUGGCUAUUUUGUUCCUUUCAUUGUUGGUGUUUCUGUCAUCACACUUCUUGCUUGGAUUGUGAUUGGCUUUGUCAAUUUUCAAGUUGUGGAAACCUAUUUUCCUGUAAGUCUCUUUCCUUUGGUUUUUAAUUUUUGUGAAGAAAUGACCUGCACAAAGUUCCUUCUUAGGCCCAGGACUCUUACAAUGUUAUGGGUUUCUUCUGAAUAGUAAACAACCACUUUUUGCUGAUUUAGACAACACACUUCCUAAAAUGU